AUGAAUACGAUAGAAAUAAUCUCACUUGUUUCCAAACAACUGAGUUUAUAUAUUCCAUUGUUUUUAUUAACAUUUGGUAAUUUUGGUUGUUUAUUUAACUUACGUGUAUUUACAAAUAAAAAGUUGACAACAAAACCAUGUUCCAUUUAUUUUCUAUCGGCGGCUGUAACGGAUUUUUUUGUUCUUAAUUUUAACCUUUUAACACGAUGGCUACAAGAACAAUUUAAUAUUUCUCCACAAAGCUACAAUCAAAUCUACUGUAAAUUUCGAAGUUAUCUUAUUGUUCUAUUGCCAAUGUUAAGUACAAGUUUCGUCGUAUUGGCAUCAUUUGAUCGAUUCGCAGCAAGUACAAUGAGUAAUCGAAUACGAAAAAUGAGUAAUAUUAAAACAGUUAAGAGUGAAUUAUUAAUGACAACAUUGUUUUGGGUUAUUGUUUGUUUACAUAUAUUAAUCUUUUAUAGUGUUCAAUAUAAUAGCAUAACAUCCACCUAUUAUUGUGAUAGUGAACUGGGAAACUAUGGAUUAUUUAACUCUAUAUUUACUGUUUUAUUUAUCGGAUUAUUACCAGUUAUACUCAUGUCAACAUUUGGUGCAUUAACAAUACGUAAUACAAGAAUCUCGCGUCAGCGGGCUAGAAGUCGUCAACAGAUAAAUCAGCAAAUAAGAAGAAAAGAUCGGCAAUUAAUUCUGAUGUUAUUAUUCCAAAUUCUUUCGAGUGUUAUUUGUUCAUUACGUAAUUUACCAUUUUGCUUUUGUUGUUGUCUCCCUAAUGGAAAACAAUUUGUUGAUUCUGAUAAGAAUCGUAUGGAUUUCUUACGAAUUGCUUAGACAGGACGCUGCACGAAAGUGAUAAGAAAUCCAUUAGUUCUAGUAAAAGGUUUAUAAGAAUUUUAUACGAUAUUCAUAAAAAGUCAUGAGAAGUUUUCGAAAAAUCGUUUAAUCAUUUAUUAACCAGAUUUUUGAUAGUAAUGUCUGUUUCAAGGAGCGCUUCAUAUUCUGAUUACCUUGAAACCUUAAUAAAACGUUGUUUUGGCGUUCCCCCAAGAAAAGUAGUAGUAGUAUUCUAUCGAGCGUCUAAUAUCCCUGUUGGUCGAGUCUAAGACGGGCUUGAGAGUACCCCUCCCACCUUUUGAGGCUUUCCGUAGAAAUAUUGUCAAGCAUAAACGAAAAAUCAACGAGCCUCCUUCAUUCCAGAACUAAUUGAAAACUCAAUUGAGCAUCUUUUCAUUUGUAUAGUAUAGUUUUCCAGUUUUUAUACAUUAUGAUUAUCAUUAUUUCGUGAUACAUUCCAAAAUGAUUUUAUGGAUCAUUUCGUACAACGCAAGUUUAAUUAUUUUAUGCCAUUAAGAAAUGAAAAGCUAUAGCU